AUGUUGCAUAGCAACUCGUUGCUCCAAAGCGCACAAGGUCGGUCCAUGAAGAUAGCAAAGCAGAUGGCAGCAUAUAUGGCUCUAACGCAAGGAUUGAAAUUGACUUCACCCCAUCCUCGAAAGAAGCAGCAACAAAUAGGCAAGACUGAAGAUGCUAAACUUCCACUCGCUAUCAAGGCAGAGGUUAAAUCGGAUACCAGUUUGAACAAAAAAAUUCCCAAGAACGAAGUCGCUCGAAUGGUUCUUGAUUCCAUGCCACCGUUGGAGAAAAGUGAGGCAGAAGAUCUGCCGGAACUAAAGAAGACCAUUCUAGUGCCAGAAGGAAGUGCUGCAGUUCGUUCAGGAUCCAAGAAGUUGGAUGCAAAUUCCAGACUGAAAACGAUUCCGAUGCCCUGCUAUCCAACUACGUUGAUUUGUCUUCUGUAUCCGCAAGACACAAAUUUUCUAUCAUCAACCCAUAUGAAUUCAUCCGGACAAUUCACGUGCACCUUAACGAUUGGUUCCAUGACAUUCGCUGGAAGUGGUGAGUAUAUUGCUGUGGGCAGAUCCGCCGCGUUCUUCCCCGAACAUUUUUUGUGGGUGCCCCACUCCUGA